GGUGAGAGCAGUAGCACCGGCACCACCAUCAGCACCAGGCCACUAUAGAGCCUUCUUUAGCUAGCUCGCUCGUUCUCUCUCUCUCUCUUUUUCUCUCUCUCUCAUUCUCUCUCUCUCUAACAUAAGUUCGCUCUCACAACGUUUUACGUAUUUCGGUUUUCCCGUCGUGUGAUAUUUCGAAAGGAUCCUAAAAAGAGAAUCCUUAGAAAAUGUUUGUUCCGUCGCCGCGACGUGUCGUCGCGUUGAGUUAAAGGGGAAAAAAAAAAAAAAAGGAAAGAAAAGAAAAGAAAAAGAGAAAAAAGAAACGAAAGAAAAGAAAAGAAAAGAGAGAGAAAGGAAAGAAAGAAAUAACGAAAGCACGAAGGCAAACGCAAAGGAAGAGGAAAAAAAAGAGAUAGAGAGAGAGAGAGAGAGAGAGAGAGAGGGAGAGAGAGAGAGAGAGAGAGAGAGAGAUAAAAGAUCGCCGGAAAUCGCGAGAGAAGGUGCGACGAAAGAUAAACGAAAUUAUUUGUGAAAAAAAUUUGUUUCUCAAUCUUUCAUUGUUAUUAAUAUAAUAUUCUAUUAAUAAAUCGCUACCGAGCGAUUUAUUUAUUUUACAUAAAUAUUUUUUUCUUCGUUCGUUUUUAAUCGUGUUAAUGUUAUCGACGUUGGAUUCUUUGUUUCUCUCUAUUCAUCUUUAUCUUUCUUAUUUGUUCCUUAACAUCGUGUACUCUCUUCAUAAACAAGAGAAGGAUAGAGAGAAGUAGAGAGAGAGACAGAGAGACAGACAGAGAGAGAGAGAGAGAGAGACGGAUAGAUAGAGAGCAAGGACUUACAUAUACGUACCUACAUGUUACAUACACGUGUAGUGUCCGUUAAUUCGGUUAUCAUCGAUCGUCUUUGGCGAGAGGAUAAACGUGCCCAAGUGUCGGGCUUCUCGCGAAUUGCGAACGUGUGCUACGCGAUUACACAGUGACAAUGUUCUUUAACAAUCAUCAGGCCCGAACGUCAGAGCAAAUGAUAUAUCAUCGUCAUUUAUAAAUUCUCUUUCUCUUUUUCUCUAUAUAAUAAUUUCCGUAUGAAAUUAUAUUUUCUUGAUAUAAAAAAGAAAAAAAAAAAAAAAGAAAGAAAGAGAAGAGAAAAAAAGAAAAAAGAAAAAAAAAGAAAGAAGGAUAAAAGAGAUAUGAAAUAAAAAUUAGUAUCCAACUUGUCAACGAACGCGUGUCGUUAAUUGAUCAUUUUUCAAAAAGAGGGUUGAAAGUAUUCCCGGACGCAGCUGGCUUGACUUUUGAAUUCUUCAUUCUUGUCUGAAGACAAAGGAAAGUGUGUCAUAAAUGUUUCAUAGACACCCCUCGUGGUGCGGAUAAUAUCACGAUAUAUACUUCGUUCGGAGAAUCGGAGAAUCAAAGCUGGAUCUCGAGGAUCUCGACGAUAUGUUCCCGGAAAUCCAGCAACUGCCGUGAAAAAGUGAGCCACGUGAUAUAAAGAGUAACAACGGCUGGGAAAAUGGCAGACAGACCGAAAAGUCGAUACCUGACUUUCAGCAUACUUCAUAUCAUCACGUUAAUGUGCCAAGCGCUAUCAGAGCCGCCGAUGUUUGCCGAACCAAUACCAAACGUCACCGUAGCACUUGGAAGGGAUGUCAGUCUACCUUGCGUUGUCGAAAACCUCGGUACAUACAAGGUCGCAUGGGUCCACGUCGGUAGACAAAUGCUAUUGACGAUUCACAAGCACGUUGUCGUAAAAAUACCAAGGUUCUCCGUGUCGCACGACAAUCAAAAAACGUGGCUAUUGCACAUAAAUGGAGUGCAACAGGACGAUAGAGGAUAUUACAUGUGCCAAGUGAAUACUAAUCCUAUGAUGAGUCAAGUAGGAUUUCUACAAGUCGUUGUUCCACCAAACAUAUUGGACUCUUUAUCAACGGAGAGUACGGUCGCCGUACGAGAACAUCAGAACAUCACGUUGACGUGUAAAGCAGACGGAUAUCCAAUGCCAAAAUUAAUGUGGAAACGUGAAGACGGUCAAGGAAUAAACAUCAAUCGGCACAAAAAAGUACCCAAGUACGAUGGCGAGCAAUUAAAUUUGACGAGGAUUACACGCAAUGAAAUGGGAUCAUAUCUAUGUAUCGCAACCAAUGGCGUCCCACCAACGGUUAGCAAAAGGAUCACUGUUGAUGUUGAAUUCUCACCAAUGAUUUUCGUACCAAAUCAAUUGGUCGGAGCACCAGCUGGUACCAACGUGACGAUCGAUUGUCACACCGAAGCCUAUCCUCGUGCAAUGAGCUAUUGGUUCCUAGGGGAUGAAAUGAUACUCACGAAUGAGAAAUACACAACUAGUAUAAUGGAAAAUAGCUACAGGGCUCAUAUGAAAUUGCACAUAAGGAAUCUUCAAGCUGGUGAUUUUGGAAAUUAUCGAUGCAUCAGUAAAAAUUCAUUGGGCGAGACAGAAGGUUCUAUAAGGCUCUAUGAAAUCCCAAAACCUUCGGCGCCACCCAAGGCAACGGAAAUCAAGAGCAGCGCCAACAAAGAAGGACGAGCGAGCACACCUCCACCAGCAAAAAGGCCGACCACCGUGUGGCCAUCCUCUUACAACCCGUAUUCUCCGAAAAGGACGGAAAGACCAUCGCCACCGAGCGAAGAGAGGGUCGACAGGCCUGAACAGAAACUACGUGGUGGUUACAGUACAGGAAGUGCAUACAUCAUCAGAUGGAGUGCACCGCAGUUGAUGAUCGUUGCGGUACAAUACAUACUCACUGGACCAUACAUGCCACCGUACGUACCACAAACGGCGAAUUAAGAACUAAUAAUACAUCUUCGAUCGGGAGAAGAGAAACGUAGAGAGGGAAUGAAAAUGAAGAGGAGAAGUAAAAGAAGUAGGAGGAGGAGAUGGAGGAGAUGGAGGAUGAAAAGGGAGGAUUGGAGGAAGGAAGGAAGGAAGGGACCGAUUUCCGUAGCCGAAUUAGUUCGUUACCCAAACGCAAUUCGGCAAUGCUCAAAUCGAUCGGCAAUUCAAUUUCGAAUCGGUGAACUUUAAACAUUAAGUCGAUUAAACAUCGAAUUACCUGUAAUUCGCGAAUUGACCCACGAGUUUGAUUACAACCAUCCAGGAACAGUGGUGGCCGAAUUACCACAAAACGAUAAUUAUGUAUGAAAGCGCGUCCGUACUUCCUGAUUACAUUGGCUUGUUAUACCUACACCAAGGCUACAGUAUAGCAUACUACGCAUUCGUAUAAAUUGCAAGGUAAAUUAGAACGAAAUUAGUAGCUCGCGUUCCUCGCUAUCACACAGAUGCUAGAUUAUGAAACGAACCGAUAUCGAAAUGGUAUCGAAAAAUUUUUCCAAUCUAAAUCUAUAUAUAUAUAUAUAUAUCACUGCCAUGGGUAUUAUUGCCAUAGGCAUCCACUGCCAUGGGCAUCACUGCCAAUCAACAUUUCCUCUUUUUUUCUUUUCCCUUUUUUUUUUCCUCUCUUUUUUUUUUUUUUCAUUCAUCAAUUUCAUUGAUAACACGAAUAAUAUUAAUUCUUGUUGAGAUUAAUUGUUUGUCCUUUUACGUCGUCCAUACGAGAAAUAAUUUGAUUCGAUAAGAAAUGUUUGCAAAAAAAAAUCGAAAAUAAACAAGAACAGGAUAGAGAAAAGAAUAGAUAGAAGAAAGAUAUGAGAAAGAAAAAGAAUAAAUGAAAAAAAAAAAAAAGAAAAAAAAAGAAAAAAAAAAAAGAAAAUUCAUUCUUUUAGAAAGUACGCAUCGUAAUCUAAUUGCGUUAGGAAUGGAUCAAUACGGGACGAUGAAUCCAAAAGGUUAAUUUGAAAUUUCCCUUGUUAUAUCUACAUAUAAUGUCGCCCCGGAGAUAUAUUAGUGGAAUAUUAAUCGGCAUCAUUAGUUGCACGACAAAUUGCUCUAUCGUCGGACCAACGAAAUGGGACAAGAACGCAACGAAUGGAUUUACGGUGAAGCUCUAUCCCGUCGAAAUAUAUAUAUACUUAUACAUACCUAUGUGUAUAUGUAUAUGUAUAUAUAUAUAUACAUAACUUCAAAUAAACUCGGCGAUGUCGAAAAGCGUGUCAUCGAUCGAUUCGAAGCGAUUUUGCAAUGGUUUAAUGGGACGCUCGUGCUCACGUGACAUUUAUUAAACCACAUUUUGGGAUUGCAGACGUCCAUCGAACGUAAGCAUAACCGAGAGUCGUGGAACGUCGUAGAACUAGCUUUGAUGUGGGAACAGUGUGAUGUACAAAGCUCGAUUAAUUUUACCAAUUUAAUUGAAAUUCGAACGUUAGAUCUUCCAUUAAUAGAUCCGAUCAAGAUGACGUUUUACGUCUUUAUCGUUCGAUUAAAUGAAAGAACAAUGUUGCGUUUAUAUUUAUUAUAAUUUCCAUUAGAUAGUUACGAGUUUCCUUUCUUUCGUCGUUAUUGUUGUUGUUUUUCUUUUUGUUCCUUUUCUUUUUUCCUUCACUUUUUUUCCUUCGUAUGCUUCAUUCCGCGAUACCAAUACAGUCAUAUUGAAUUUACGAUAAAACAACAAAUGACGUGCGAGAUCGUAUUAGAGUUGUACAACGUUAUGUCGAAAAGGACAAUUUUGUUAAUAACAAAAACAAGGAGACAAUGGGAACAAAACUUUCUCUUUCUUUUUGUUUUUUUUUUUUUCUAUUUUCUUGUUUAUCUGUUUCUUCGUUCUUUUUUCUUCUUUUUUCCUUCACGAAGCAGCGUAAUCUAUUUCGAUCUAACACACGGGGAUUCUGUGGAUUAAAGAUCCAACAUGGCGGUGCUAACUAUCACAUAUUCUAAAACUGCACGGAAACGAAUCGGAAAAUCGCGCGUUUAUUUAUUUUUCUGUUUUUUUUCUUCUUCUUCUUUUUUUUUUUCUUUCUUUUUUUUUUCUUUUUUUACUAUUAUUAUUAUCUUGACAUAUAUACUACGUGAAAUUUGUAUGCAAGCUUUCACGAUAAUAUUCAAUGGCGCGCGCAUGAAAUAUAUACGAACACACACACACACACACACACACACAUACACACACAUAAACACAAAUAUAUAUAUAUAUACGAAAAAUAUGUUCAGUUGGAUGAAAAACUUUUUAUAUAUGCCGAUUUUCAUUGUACAUCGAGAAGCGAUAACGUAUCAUGGCGGCAAUCAAUAUGAAAAAAUUUUCCAAGUUCAAAAAUACGCGUAUUCUUGAUACUUUUUUUUUCUGUUUCCUUUUUCUUUUGUCUUUCUUUCUUUCUCUCUCUCUCUCUCUCUCUCUCUCUCUCUCUCUCUCUCUCUCUUUCUCUCUCAGAAUCAUUCGAGGCAAAUUUAAACGAGAAGCGACAAAAAACGAGAUCUUUGGGAAUAAAAGUAUUGAAAAAUCGUCGUAGAAAAAUCGUUGAAAAUCGUUCCUAAUUUUCAAACGAUCUGUCGAAUGACUAAGAGUUUCUGUAAAGCAGCUUUUCUCACUUGCAAUUUUUGCUUCGCACGAAAACGUACGGGAUAUUAUCGGCUAAGCCUAGCUUAACUCAAGCAAUUUCAUUUUAUCCGCAGUAUAAUAUUAAUAACAGCAAUAGCAACAGUAAUAGAAGUAGCAGCAAUAGGAGCAGCAACAGGAUCGAUCACACUUAAAUCUUAGAUCGUUAAAAUCUGUACGUAUCAUUGAACGUUAUUAAAUAAAUACGAUGUUAAUAGAUAAACAAUGAAGAUAAAUUAAAAUCAAGAGAGAACUGAUAAAGUGAUAGAUAAAUACGAUAACGAAUGAUUAUAAAUAUCAUAACGAAAUAUUAGUCGGUAAUUAAUAAAAAAAAAAAAAAAAAAAAAAAAAAAAAAAAAAAAAAAAGAAGAAAAAAAGAAUCGGAAGGAAAAAGGAAAAAGAAAAGGAAUAGAAAGAGAGAAGAGAAGAAAAGCAAAACGUUGAAAUAUAAUUUGACCGUCGUCCAAUAAAGUGAAACAUAGCAUAGAUUUAUAAUUUACAUGAGUUGACCUCGAUGUUGGAUCUUAAAAUUGCGAUGGAACAUCCAAGAGGGUUGUGUCUUCGACGUAAAAGAAGAAAGAGAGAGAGAGAGAGAAAGAGAGAGAGAAAGAGACAGAGAGAAAAAGAGAGAGAGAGAAAGGGGAAAUGUGAUUAAUGCUAUGUCACGCGCGAACCUUCUCCGUAGUCGCGUAUAAUAUUCCGUGCUUGAACGAUAUCGCCUGGCCGGCACGUUCGCGAUAAAACGAAAGCGAAUAUUUAUUUCUACGAAUUCAAUUAUUUCCCUAUAGAGCAAGUAUAGCUAUCUGAAUGUGUUUUGUAUAUGUGUAUACAUACGUACAUACAUAUAUACAUGCGCAAGAGAGAGAAAAAAAAAGAGAGAGAGAGAGAGAGAGAGAGAGAUAAACGGAGUUAAAUCGACCAUCCCAGCUUUCCGGUUCGGUCCAGCCAACUGAGAGUUUAUUCUCGCACGGGCCACUUCGUCGUUUUCCAUUCGUGAAUCGAUAAAAAAGGGUGGAGAGUACAUAGUUAUCUGUGUGUUUCGUUAAAUUUAAAACCACCAUAUUAUUUCUUUUCUUCUUCUCUUUCUUUCUAACAUAACUAGUUAUAGUAUCUCUCUCUCUCUCUCUCUCUCUCUCUCUCUCUCUCUCUCUCUCUCACCCUCUCUAAAUAUAUAUAUAUACAUAUAUAUAUAUGUUGUAUCAUAACAACUUUCCGCAAACGAAUUCCGCAAGAAAUUUUUAUACUCUCCCUCUCCCCCACCCCCCAGUUUGAGAAAAGCCACCUCUCUUUUAAUCCACCUUAGGCGAACGUUGAACACAACUUGAAAUUCUUCGUAGGAGUUUUUCUAUUUUUCUUUCUUUUCUUCUUUUUUUUUUUUUUUUUCCUUUCAUUUUUUCUCUUUUCUUUUUUUUUCCCCCUUGAAUCCACCUAACCCAACCGCCGUCAUAAAAAAAAAAAAAAAAAAAAAGGAAAAAGAAAAAAGAAAAAGAGGGAAAAAAAAAAAAAAGGAAGCAUUCGGAGUUUCGGGUUUUCUUCUGCUUCGGCUGGUCAUGCAACGUUCUUAAGGAUAGAAAGAAAGAGAAGGAAACUGGUAUGAAAAGUUUCGAUCGCACAAAGAGGGCUUCGAUAAAGUAUCAUUCGGCCGGAAAGUCUCCGGCAGAAAGUUACCAAUCUAUGGGAGAGAUUGAAAAGUUCCCUUUUAUGUCGCCCGUCGAAAUACGAAACUUUCUGUAACACGUACAAUGUAUGUAUAUAUAUAUAUAUAUAUAGAAAUAUAUAUAUAUAUAGGAAUAUAUAUAUAUAUAUAUAUAUGUAUGCAUGUAUACAUGUAUGUAAGUACGUAUAUAUAUAUAUAUACACAACAGAAAAACACAGACACGUGAAGAACUAUACGGAAACAAUGAAAGAAUCGCAAAGUUUACGAAUAAUAAGAGAAAAAUGAAAAAUUGGCCGAAUUUUCUUUUUUUUUUUUUGUUUUUUUGCAUCGACAUUUUGCAUUUUUUCGUUUAUUACUUUUCUUUUUGUCUUUCUUUUUUUCUUUUUUUUUUUUUUUUUUUUUUAUCCCUCCGCCCCUAUCCCUCCCAAGUAAUUAUCCAUUUUAGAGAUUUUAUUGAAGAAGAAAGAAAAAAUGGAAGAGAGGGAAGAAAAAGAAAGGAACCCUUUUUUAUUCAAUACUACUUUUAAAACUGUUCGUAUUAAUGUUCUCGAUAAAUAAAACAUUAAAUACGAUAGAUUUCGUUCAGAUAAACAGCAUAUUAAUAGUCUUGAUUACAUGAUGACUCGCGGAAUACAAGUAUCGAUAUCCAAUCGAGUAUUCGAUCAAAAGUUUACACGAGGCCAACAUCAAAACCAAUUACGCGAACUACCUUUACGUUCAAGUACAUAAAUUAGUUAGUAACAAGUUUGUUGACCGUUCUCAACUUCGUAUACGAAAAAGCAAUUAAAAAAGUAUGAAAACAGUUUUGUCUUUUUCGCUUCUAUUCGGUAUCAUUUUGCAGAUUGAACGAACGUAAUCGAGAGAGAAACACGAACGCAAUUACAGAGAAACCACCUCUCUGACCUAUAAAUUGUUCGAUUCGAUAUGUACCAAUAGCUUAAAGGAGAAACAAAAUAUAGAUAUAUCUGUUUCGAAAAAAGAAAAAGAAAAAAACAAAAAAAAACAAAAAAAAGAAAAAAAAGAAAAAAAAAAAAAGAAAAAAAAACAGGAAGAAAUAAAUAAAAGAAACGAAAGGAAAAAAGAAAACAAACAAAAAUCAAAAUAAAACGAAACAAGAUAGCCGAGUAACAAAAUCUACAUUUUAUUCUUCAUAUAUCUCGAUUAAAAUAAUUCCAAUGGAAAACAACGUUCGAAAAACUAUAUCGAUCUAUAUCAGCCUUUUUCCUUCUAUGACUUAACUUUUUCAAUUUGUAAAAUAUUUUUCUUUUUCGACUAUAGAAAAUUCACUUCUAAUUUCUGUACUU